AUGCUAUCUAAAAGUAGUUACAAAAGAAAAAGAAAAGAAGAUCAAGAAGCUGCCGCUCACGUUUUUAAAGAUUUUCUAGAAACAUUUCAAAAUCCGACGGCUUCAAUCGCGAAUAAAACAUUCGUUCGAUCAGGUAUUUUAUAUCAAAACAAUGAAGAACAAACAGAAAAUAUCGGUCAAAUCUAUAAACCGAAGCCAUUAAUCGUUCAAACUAAAUCCGAAGAAGCUAGAACUGCAAUAGAAUGUGCAAAAAUUCUUAAAGAAGCUGCCUUAAGUAAGGCGAAGAAACAAGAGAAACCUAAAUCAAACUUAGAUCUUUUAAAGGAAGAAUUAAAAUUAAGACACUCUGAACGUGGAGAGAAAGAAAGAUUAAAAGAAGAAUACGAUUUAUCUCCUACGUUAAUUACUACCGAGAGCGACGAUACGAAUUCUACGAAUCUAUUUGUUGCAAAUUUAAGUUCUAAAAUUACCGAAAAUCACUUGAUGCUUGAAUUUGGAGAAUAUGGUCCCUUAGCAAGCGUAAAAAUUCUUUGGCCACGGGCAGAUGAAUGCCAACGUAAUUCUAAUUGCGGAUUCGUCGCGUUCAUGAGUAGAAAAGAUGCAGAAAGAGCGCUCAAGAAAAACCAACAUCGUGAUGAUAUGAGAAUUUGUUGGGGUAAAACCGUGGAGAUUCCAUCUCAUCCAAUUUACAUACCAAAUUCCUUACUGAAGCUUUAUUUACCACCACCUUUAUCAGGAUUACCUUUUAACGCGCAAGUACCAAAUUCUACAAACCAAAUUGAAACUGAAACCGAUUUCGAAAAUUUUGAUGAAUUUUUACAAAAAUGUGUAAUUAAAGUAACUAUUCCGUUAAAUAAAAAAGUUCUAACGCUAGUCCACAGGAUGGUAGAAUUUGUAGUCAGAGAAGGUCCGAUGUUUGAAGCAUUUAUUAUGAACAGAGAAAUAAAUAAUCCGGAAUACAAUUUUUUAUUUGAUUGUCAGUCACCCAUUCACGUCUACUACCGUUGGAAAUUGUUUUCUAUAUUAAACGGAGAGUCUCAAAAAUCGUGGUCUAUGGAGAAAUUCAGGAUGUUUAAGGGUGGGUCAAUAUGGUGCCCUCCUCGUGCCCCAUGCUACACUGCUGGUAUGCCUGAUGAACUGAUUUCUUCAGAAGUAGACAGAAAAAAGUUAUCUGACGCCCAGUCUACCAGACUCAUUAGUCUCAUUCAAAUUUUAACAAUACAUAGAUCGAAAAUUGCAGAAGCAAUGCUUUUUUGUUUGAACCACAACAAUGCAAUAGAUGACUCAAUUGAAAUUAUUUUAGAGUCUUUAAUGAAUCCACACACACCCGCGUACAAUAGAAUAGCUAGAUUAUAUUUAUUAUCCGAUGUAUUGAGCAAUUGCAAAUCUAAAAAAAUAAAAUUACAAAUAGAAGAGAACGAAUCUACUUUACUUGAAGUAUUCAGAUUUAUUCGAAAUUGUAGCGAUGAUUUGAAAAAUCUCUCCGACAGAGAUAAUUUCAAUUCUAGAGUAAUUAGAAUUUUCAGGCACUGGGACAUACACAAAAUAUUUACCAUUGACUUUCUAGAAAAUAUAAGCAGUCUUUUUUCCACAAUUAAACCCAGAGACGAAGAUGAUACGUCCAGCAUUGACGAACCUUUGGACGGUGCAAAUUUAUUAAAACGUUCUCUUGGCGAUAGCGUCGAUCCUAAUGUUGUUACGGCGGAAAAUUUGAAUGCGAAAAAAGUCAACGAAUUGUCUGAAAAAGAUAUCACUAAAUAUUUUGUUCCGUCUAAAUGGGAUACCAUUGAUCCCGAAGAAGUGGAAGCUCAAGCCAUGUCUACCGAAAAAAUGUAUAUCAUGGAAUUGGAAAAGGAUGUCAAAAAAUCAAAGGACAAAAAGAAGAAGAAGAAAUUGAAGCGUUAG